AUGCAGAUAUGAUCCCAUAAAUGAUACCACUCCAAACCCGAAGAACCGACUUUUUUUGGGGGCCUCUAAAUGCAUUUUAAAUUAAAUUUAGGUACUACAAUCGCCCCUACCGCUGCUGCAUAUUAAUUGAUUCACUGCCUUCAGCUGCGCCCUGGUCACCCAAGUACUUGGUGCUUCAGUUCGAUUUUUGCUUUUGCUGGCAGCGGUUUCUGUUUCUGCUUCGGUUCGGUUCGGUUCGGAUUUGGUUUCGAUUUCUAGCCCAGAGCUAGAUCCGUGAUUUCAUUGACAAUGUUGCGAUUGGCCAGCUCCACACUUAGUUCCAUAUGUUUUGUUGUAUUUUUUAAUUUUUUGUGGCUGCUGCUGCUGACGACGACGUCCGCCAAGCCAACCAACUCCAGCGAUUCUAGUUCCAGGAAUGGAAUGCAACAUGUGACCAGCUUCGUGAACCAGAAAUCCAAGUCGGGAGUCCGCGAAGAGUUCGAUUUCGAUCAAAAUGAGGCGGAAGCCACCAACUCGGCGCACCUGCAACAGCUUUUUGGCAGUUUGUUGCAACUGCCUGGUAAGGGAAACAUGAGCCUGGAGCUAUCCUUGGAGACGGACGACGAUCCGGUCAGUGAGCGAAACCAGCUGGAUGAUGGAAUGGAGGCCACUGGGGAGCAGCAUGAGGGCUUCACCGAAUCAGCAGAUGCAUGGCAUCGCAUUAAGUUGAAUAUUCCGGUCCUGGAGCCCGUGAAGCACUUGAUAAAUACAGUAGGUGGCGGCGGGGUGAACGACUCCCAUGUCAAGAACAAUACUCAUCGACUGAUUGGACACCAUGGCGUCCACGAACCUCAUCACAAUGGCGGGAACAUCAGCUCUCCGGCCAUCGAAACGGAGGAGGAUCGAGAGACAGCUAUCGACAGCACCGGCUUCGAUGUCCUGGAAACGUUGGGCAGCGCGGGAACUGUUCUAUUCAGCAUCUUGCAGAAUCUUCGAAAGGUGUUUGCCGCUAGUGCCGGAAGUGCCAGUUCCGCAUCCUCAGGGGGCGGCGGUGGAGGAGCAAAUUAGAGCCGUUCCUUUGGAGAUUAUGUUCUGUGAUUAAUAUAAGCCUUAUGCAAAUUCGGAUUCACCUUUGAUUCUUACUAAUCAAAUAAACGAAAUUAUAUGAAAA